UCAAUAAGACGAGAGCAGAGAAAAUGCCUCUCAAUAGAAUUUUCCAAGCCACGUGAGAAUGCCACGAAAAUAAUCAAUACAACGCAAAAACAUUAAUUAGUUAAACAAAAAAUGAGGUAAUAGCAAAGAAUGCCGAAAAAAAUCGACUUCGCCCUAAUCCACGUUACGAGUGAAGACCCCAAAUAUCGGGCUAUUGAACUAAACACGCACGGGCCAACAGUUAAGGGAUGGCAAUCGGCGAAAAACUGCGAAUACCCCCAGGAAAUUGUAAUACAAUUGAACAAACGGUGCUGUUUGAACAAAAUACAAAUAUUAGCCCACCAAUAUCUCAUUCCUUCAAAAAUUGAGUUAUUUUCGAGUAAUGAAGACACGAAUACCAUUGACGAUGUGGCGUCAAUUACUUGGGAUUAUUUAGGAUAUGUUACGUUAUCUGACAACCAAAGCACAGGGUUUAAAAGUAGAGAAUUAAAGUCUGCGAAUGUCCCAACCACAAUCGCGUCUUACGUUAAAUUAAAAUUGGGGAAAAACCACUCAAACUCCCACAAUAACAACAAUCAGGUGAGUCUGAUUGCAGUGAACGUGCUCGGGACUGAAAUAAUCGUGCGGAGGCACUCAAGUCCUGAAAAUGAUGAUGAAAAAGUGGAGAAUGACCCGGAAUAUUGGUCGCCUUACGACGAUUUGGCCUUUGAAAUGUACGUCGAUAUCGAUGUUGCGAAAAUUAUUAGGGAGAUGGAGGCGAAGAAACGUCUGGCUGUGAUAAGUGAAAGGUUUGAGUAUGCUCGGAAGUUGAAACUAGCAAUGGAAAAUCUACGAUCAGCGGGGGAAAAACUAGGAAAAUAUGAGCUGGAAAAACGGCACGCUAUUGAACUGGAGGACUAUGAAAGGGCGCGGCAUAAAAAAAAUCAAAUGGAUGAGUACAGAACGUCAGUGUAUCAGGAGUUUUGCGUUGAGCAACUGCUGGAAACUGAAGGAUAUUGCCCAAAAAACGACGAAUGUCUUGACGAAACGGACGCUUGCAAAAACCCCCUAUCGCCAACCCUCCUCCGCGUAUCCAACGACAAACGAUCAAACUCGCCCCAAAUCAACCAAACCCAAGCUUCACCCUUGCACGUGCCAAGACACCAGAGCCCUAAAAAAGGGUCGCCGAGUACCGGAAGCCCCACUAACAUCCAAACGCGCGGUUCCUUUCGAAGAAGGAACAAAUCUGCAGGUGCUAUCGUCAAAUCGACUUAUGAAAUGUACGAAGAAAAACCACUUCCAGCACUGAGACAUUCGCAAACGAACGAAUUUCUGCGAGAGUGUCAAAUGGACAAUGAUUUUAAAACAACGUCGAAACUAACCGAACGGGAGAAAAAACAAGCAGCCUUGCCUAUCGUAGUUUUUGGUAAUGACUUGGUGGAAAAAUUCUAUUCGAAACAUUAUUGUGACAAAGAGGAGGGUUUGAACCGAUUGAAGGAAGAACUGCUGGGUUAUGACAACACUAAAAUGCACACUGCGAAUAAAACAGCCCGUGCUGCAAUUUUUCUGUUACAUCGCACGUUGCGAGAUAAAGUUUUUUCAGUUUAUAAUUUAGCGAACGAAGUGAUUCGACUAUUUUUCGUGCAGUUUGUUCCAGGGCGGGUUUCCCCGCCCGAAGUUGCACGAAGUGUCGAUAAACUGCUUCCCGAACUCCUCACUAAAUCGGGUGAUACUAGUGCUAGAAUCCACCACAUGGCCGUACACACUAUCCUGACAAUGGCCGAUUGUAAAAACGUCAGAGAUCUACACAUAAUCCCGGUUCAUUUGAGUAGACCUGUUAGCAGCAGUACUCACCCUAGACUAGCUUUAAGUAGGGCAGAAAUGGUCGAGCAGCUCAUUAUAAAUCACGGAAUUUCAACCGAUAAGCAGAGUGGUUUAACGUGUAGAACUUUGUCUGAGUUUGGCUCGAGUGGCUUACACCACCCUGCGGAAGCUGUAAGAAAGGUUUCAGAACGAAUCCUUGUCCUAGUUUACAAAGUCAACCCGAGACUAGUUCGCAAACAAUUGCCACCGGACGAUGAUAUCACCCGGAGGAAUCUGCUGUACCGGCAACUAUUCCACGAAUUCGAUAAAAUUGAUUUACAGAGGAAGAAGGAAAUGUUGGAAAAAACUCGAGUCAUUCAACAGUGCUCCUUACCGCCAAAUUCUGACUAUUUGAGUCCGGAACCAACUCCCAACGAGUUGAAUAAAUGUCCCAGCACGUCAAACAUACAAAAUAUUUUCAACUAUGACCAAGUCAAUCACCAGAACAAGAAUUAUGCCAUUUCGAAGAGCUUGAGUGGUAGUAAUAUACAAAAUAACGGUAAUGCGAAGAACGAAAGUUCGAGCUCUGCUAGUGGGAUUUCCUCGCCGAGUAACAACUCACAAAAGGACGACGACGAAAAACAAUGCAUUUUCUGCAACCAGCCUGAGAGUAGCAUCCUCUCCGUGAGCAACUCCAUGAACUCGCACUACUGGCGCUCGUGUCCCAUGCUGGUACGUUGCAAGGAAUGCAGCCAAGUGGUGGAAGUGUCGAUGUUGAUGGAACACCUCCUAAUGGAAUGCGAACGUCGCAAAAACUACACCCAAUGCUCGCAAUGUUCCGAGGCUGUAAAAAUAUCAGAAAUCAAACAUCACGCCACCACCUGUCGUGGCCUAGCCGACGGCUACAACCGCUGUCCCCUCUGCCACGAAAACUUCGAAGACGAGGAGCUCUGCUGGAAAAAACACCUAAUGGGCGAGAGACCCUGUCCGAAAAACACGCGAAUUAAAAUGCAAGCCCAGAAACAAGUCACCAUUCAAGUUUAACGCACACUAGACACACAAAACUAAAACACGAUUCUUUUACCGUCCUUUCAGUUAGGUUUAGUCAAUUAAGUGUCAUUCGUCCAGUUGUUAGCAAUGUUAUUUGCACUCGUUCGCGUAACUUUUUGUUAUUUGUUGGUAGGAUUUGUGAGAAGUGAGGGUAAUUCUUAAAUACCAAUCAAAUUAUUUGUGAUAUUGUUUGAGACACUAUGUGCAAUUUUGUGACCUUUGCGAGGAUUUUAUGCUUUUUCUGUACAUAAUAAUUCCAAAUAUAUUAUAAAAAGUACAUA